GGCGCCGCACCGCCUCCCGAAGGGGCGGAGCUCUCCGGCGUCGCGGAGUGAUGACGUACUCCUUAGCAACGUAGCGCAGCUGGGGGCUCGGUUGCUAGGGGCAGUCAUGGACGCCCCCGCUCGGUCGCUGCCGCUGCCGCCGCCGAUGGGCGCCUACGCGGAGGAGCAGGGGCUCUUCCCGCUCCUGCAGAGCAUGCUUGAAGGACUAUUAAUUCAUAAGCCAGAUGAGCCCAUUCAGUAUAUGAUAAACCAUUUAAAGCAAAACAGCGAUGAUGCUCCAAGAAUUUGUAUACUUGGUCCACCUGUUUCUGGGAAAACUACGGUUGCAAUGUGGCUUUGUAAACAUUUGGAUGCCAUACGUAUCUCUCAGGAGACUUUGUUAUUCAAGGAAAUAUUAGCUCUGACAAAAGAAGCAAAGGCAUAUAAAGAAAGAAAACAGAAAAUUCCCAAUGCACUUUGGGCCAAUCUGAUCCAGGAACGUCUGUCAAACGUGGACUGCAUCAAACAAGGUUGGAUUUUGGAAGGCUUCCCUGAAAACCAGGAGCAGGCAUGGAUGCUGCAAUCAUCUGGCAUCAUUCCUACGCAUGUUGUUGUGCUUUAUGCUCCAGACUCUGUACUGAUUGAGCGGAUCAGUGGGAAAAGGCUCGAUCCCUUCACAGAAGAGGUGUACCAUACGACCUUUGACUGGCCAAGUGACCCUCUAGUGCAGCAGCGUUUGGUGAAGCCAGAAGAUAUAUCUGAACAAGAGACGUCAGAGAAGCUGCUGGAGUAUCAUAGAAACUUUCCUGGAGUUUUCCAGACCUACCAAAAAUUUCUGAAAUCAAUCAAUGCAGACCAGCCUUGCAUGGAUGUCCUAUCACAGGCUCUCACCUAUGUCCAAACACGGCACCGAUCAGCUGCCCCCUUUACACCACGGAUUCUCUUUUGUGGACCCCCAGGCAGUGGGAAGAGCCUGCAGGCAGCUCUAAUAGCUCAGAAAUACGGCAUUGUCAACAUUUGCUGUGGGCAACUGCUAAAGGAAGCUGUUGCAGACAAGACAAAACUUGGAGAACUCGUUAAGACUUAUUUUGACAAGGGAUGCCCAGUGCCAGACCACCUUGUUGUGAAGAUCCUGGCAGAACGUCUGAACACACUAGACUGCGUGACGAAGGGUUGGGUGCUUUGUGGCUUCCCAAGAGACUUAGAGCAGGGAGAACAGCUGCAAAAAGCAAGAAUUACUCCAAACAGGGGUACUGCCAGUAUGAGAAGCGUUCCUGUCACGGCUAAGCAUUCAGUUAUGCUCAUUUCUUGUAGUUCAGUAAAUGCAAGCGUGCCUGAAGGUUCAGGCCAUAGAUCUGUGUUUCACAAAACAAAGACAUUGAUCCUGCAUAAAGUUCUGGGUCACUGGAUUUAACUCGUACAACACGAUCACUUUCUGAAUUUCUACAACUCAUCCCCUCACCGAAGGUUAAUGGAACACUGACAAGACCAGAGGUACCAGUUGAACAGUCACAGCAUUUUCAAUUAAACAACUUUAAAAAAUGAUACUGCAACUCAGAAAAUUGCAACUGCAGACAUAACUGACUAGAGGAAACAUCUCCCAAGUUUAGUUUUGUACAGUGACAUAUUAAGUAAACUUAGCCACAGAAACUGAUAUUCUUUUCAACCAGUACAUGUUCUAAGCUCAUGAACAGCAAUGGAAAAACUGCAGUCCUCUCCCUCAUCCUGCAAAAAACUGAGGUGUGUUUAUUCUUUAUUGUACCUGAUUAAAAUUUCGACAGCUGUAUUUACACCCCCCCACCCUGGCUCCAUAACUGCAAGAAAGGACAACUUAAGCUGGGUGCUCUACAGAAGCUGACCAGAAAGGAUUACAUGAUUACGGUUCUUUUUCCCACCACCCCCAAAGUUACAUUUUCAUUGAAGGAUGCAGAGCAGGGAAAAAGCAGCAGCUUGUAACACUGAAUCCCCAGAACACAGAGGUGCACUUACUCGUGCUGUUCUGUCAUCAUAUCCUUCAUCGGACAUUAAGAAGUCACAGACUCCUCUGGUGGGAAUACUGGUGUUCUCUGUAAUCCACGUGUGCAGAUAAACUUCUCCCAACACUCGUUUCAUAUGUUCUCGUGUCAAGUGCAUUUCUACUGCCUCAAUUUGUGCCUGUAUUUCCAGAAGCUUUUCUUCCAUUGGUUCACGGCCUCCAAUGUCACUCGACUGAGGAAGAGCAUCAUCUGCAGCGUCAUCUACGUCCAUACCUUUGCCUGCGUCGCACAGGCUCUGCUUACUGGCUUGUUUAGAAGUUCCUUCCUCUUGGUCAUCUUCCGUGCUGCCCAUCCCAGGGGAAUCUGAUAUCAAGAUUUUUGCAUCCUCAUGUGAAGGUCUCCACAUGACCUCUGAGGGAGCUUUCUGCAUUGACUGGUAUAAAAUUCUUAGGAGAAAUAGCUUAAACCGCCAGAAGUAAGUAGAACCACAGCUCUCAAUCUUUUUAUCCAGUGCUUCCUGCAAGAAUUGAGGAAUAUGCUUAUCUUUCAAAAUUUUCCAGCGUACAAGAUCUGUCAAGUCCACUUGCCGGAAAAGAUUCUGAACAGAUGAUUCCAAGAGCUGAGCAGCUGCCUCCUCAAAAGUUUUAAGUGUUACAAACUGAACUUGGUAGUUUUUGUUAACAGGGUGAAGACCAUUAGUCAUACCCUCUGUUGUAAUAACUGCUAAGUAUGCACCACAUGGGCUAACAGCUAUUCCAUGAGUCCUUACAGAGCCAAACACUUCUGAGAGCUUAAUCAGCUGGUGCUCAAAUUUUAAAGCAACAUCUGUGAAUAUGGGAAUCAGCUGCCUUACCUUUCCAUCACUGGAGCACGUAUAUACCGUGCCAUUCUGUUUGUCUGCGGUCAUAGAUACAAUUGGCAAAGAGUGAAGCCCUGUAACAUGGGAAUUAUGGACAUUCAAACCUGCUUUGGAUAUCAAGAGAAGACACCAAAACACGUAAGGUCCUCUUGCAGCCACCACUAAGCUACAACUACAUUUCUGGUAAGGAUGGUAAAGAGGAAUACAUUUGAUACUCUGCACUGGCAACUGGUCCAUUUCUUGCCACAAGACUACAGGCUGUCUCAGCGUAAAGUAGCCUUUAACUGCCUUUAGAUUGACAGGAAGGAUUUUAACUGGUCCAAAAGCACUCCCUACAAUGAGUCCGCUCAUUUUUCGGUUGUUAUGUUCAUAUUCCCACCAAGACAAGACACUUGGAGAAUUUAUUCCAGACUCUAUGGUAUUGCAAGAAGUAAUUGAUUCCUUACCCAGAAACGGAAGCUGAAACUGCCAAACUGCAAUGUUACCAUUUUCAAAGAGCACCGCUAAGAGCACACUACCAACGUCCCGGCAUUCGUUGUUGUGUUUAACCUGCUGAGUGGUGCAGAUUCCGGACCACUCCAUGCGCACUGGCGUCUGCAUGCUGUGCCGUCGCUGAAAUUCAGAAAAGUCACCUAGUUCUGCCCUGGGAGUCUCAACCUUAGAAAGUUUGUAACUGGCUUCAUACAAACGCUCCCCGUAAACUUCUGUCAGGUCAACCAAGUGCACCCACUGCAGUCUGUUGAGGUUUGCAUGGAUGGUUAGUCGAUUGUCCAUGGUUAAAGCUGCAAGCAGGCAUCUUCCAUUAGCAUCGCAGCCCAAAGGCGACCAGCUGGAAUAUUUGAAUCCUCGCAUAGGCGGCAGUGACUUUCCUUCAGGAUUGAAUACUCUAUCUAACAUAAAAGCUUGACUAACUGUUGGAUCCACUGAAUUUGCGAAUUUUUCCUUACAUUCUGCUACCUCCUUUUUUGGACCAACCUGAAAGAUAACAGAAAAGAAAAGAACUCUUAAGUAAGUUGUAGAAUGUUAUCUUGGGAAGACUUUCCUGGAGUCAAUUCUCACUUGCAAUAGAGCAUCCUCCACCACAACCUAUAACAAGGUGUUCCAAUGGUUAAAUUAACCUCACUGUUAAAGGCUUAAGCUUCACUGUUGGCCUGAAAUUGUAUAGUUUUGACUUUCAGCUAUCGAAUCUUUGUCUGCUGGACUGAAGAGCCUGUUUUUGUACUUCUGUUCUCAACUGUGUACUUAGAGGAACUUGUAAUAACAUUCAAAUUGUAAAGCAUCAAUAUUUCAACUCAACUAAAGUUAUUCCAUAUUCUCAGUGUUA